GCAGAAUCAGUCAUGAAGCUCCUAGUGCUCCUCGUGCUCGCUGUGUUCACAGGUUGCAAUGCGAACCUCGUGUGGCAGAGUCCCCCCCAACGCCAGGUGGACAUGGUCAAAGAUGCUUUCUGGGACUACGUUGCCAGGGCAACCAUGACCGCCGAGGACUCCCUGAAGCAGAUCAGACGGUCUGAGCUGGGGAGGGACGUGAACAGCCUGAUCUCUGAGAGCACCGACGCCGUCAACAAGUUCACCGACGCUCUGCGGACUCAGGUGGCUCCUCUCACCCAGGACCUCAUGUCUAAGUUUACCCAGGAGGCCGAGCAGCUGAAGGCCCGUCUGGAGAAAGAUCUGACCACCGUGAGCGCCGGCCUGAAGCCCUACGCCGAGGAGCUGGUGGCACGCCUCCAGAAGCAGGUGGAGGAGCUGAGGAGGGAGGCGACCCCCUACGCUGAGGCCAUGGACCCAGAGGCCCUGAAGGCCGUGCUGCUGCAGAAGAGCCAGGAGCUGAAGGGCCAGCUGGACGUGAGCGUGCAGCAGCUGCAGGCCCAGAUGGUUCCCUACACCCAGGAGAUGAAGCAGAAGAUGGAGCAGAGUCUGGAGGAGUUUCAGACCAGCAUGAUCCCCCUGACCCAGAACUUCCAGACCCAGCUGACGCAGAAGACCCAGGAGCUCCAGCAGAACCUGGCUCCAUACGGAGAGGAGCUGAAGGACAAGCUGGACACCGACGUCCAGAACCUGAAGAAGCAGCUGGCUGCUCUGUGGGAGUCCUUCACUCAGCUGACCCAGUAAACAAACAGCUGAUCCGUCGUCACUGAUCUCUGGUGGAGAGAGUCCAGUAGCUCAUGUUCUUUAUGUUUAUACAGUAUUCUGUCUUUUGUGUGACUGUUUACAA